AUGUCGGGCUCAGAAAAGAGAGAUGACAGCAUCCCCCCGCCCGGGCGCGAUGCCAGGUCAGCCUCGCCCAGUACGAAGCGGCCCGCGCCCGAUGCCGAGCAGGAUGUCGAAAUGAGCUCUGCUCCCGGAGACAAGGAUGCACAGCCACCUUCCACCGACAACCCCGAUCAGAUGGAUACAACUGGUUCUGAGGAGGAUUCUACGGGCAACGAUGGUAACUCUGCAUCCGAGAAGGCCUAUCAAACCCCAUCCAGCAUGUCAAACUAUACCGGCCCCGUGGCCGAGACGCACGAGAAUACCAAGACCGCAGCUUCAGUUGCGCCCGGCGAACGCCCUUCCUACGACGACCAGGUCGCAAAAGUAACAUGCUUUAUGAUGCAGCCUCUCCAGGAAGGCCAGAAAGGAUACAUUGUGUCGAUGUCGUGGUUAAAGCGGGUUCUGUCACGAAGCUCCACCCACGCAGAAAAGAUGGACAAGACAGCUGCGGAGGGUGAAAUCGGUCCUGUCGAUAACUCAGACCUCGUCCUUGUUACCGACCCGGUCAGCGCGGGGUUCAAGGACGAACGCGGCGAACCCUACAUCCCUCUGCGCCCGGGUUUGGAAAUGGGUGAAGACUUCGAAAUCGUACCCCAGGAAGGCUGGGAUCUUAUCAUGCAGUGGUACGGUCUUGCGGAGCAAUCACCGGCCAUCGCCCGCUACGCUCACAACACAAGCCCGUCAGGCGAUAUGGAGAACGUCCAAUACGAACUUAACCCUCCGAUCUACACCAUCUUGAAGCUCUCGAACCCGUCCGCCGGAGUCACCCCGGACUCUCUAAGAGAGAAGAACAAGGCGCCAGUCAACACCCUUGCCAGUCGACACACCAACUUUCAGGACUGGCUUCGGAGCGCGAAGGAGUCCGUCCGCGUUGACUCUUCGUCAAAGGUUCGCGUUUGGCGGGUCUUGAGUGGUUUGGGAAGUGGCGCGGCAUCUGCUGCCGUCACCCCAGCUGCUUCUCGCAGCGCUUCCCCCGCGCCUUUCUCGCCGCUUGUCUCAAACGCCGGCAACAGCUAUAUCCUUGAUCUCAAUACCUUCCUCUCCCUUUCUGAAGGCAGCCAAAGGGAGCUUAUUGAUAUCAAAGAUCAGUCAACCAACACAAACUACAAUGGCAAGAUGACGAUUGACAUGGCCGGACUAAGCCCCGGUGGUAUUGUCGUUCUCGAAGAGCGUAGUGGUGCGGACUGGGUUUCCGAACUGUCCAAGAAGGCCCUAGACCGCCUCGGUGUGCCUGCCGGUAACAUGAAAGCCAACAAGCUUAAAACGAAGAGCCCGGCGACGAGCGGACGAUCAUCUCCAGUAUCAGAACCGAUCCGAAAAACGCGUAGGGAUGGAAAGCCUCGCGGCAAUACUGGUCUCAGCAACCUGGGCAACACGUGUUACAUGAACUCUGCCCUGCAGUGUGUUCGAAGUGUAGAAGAACUGACCUAUUACUUCCUGAACGAUGUCUACAAGAAGGAUCUUAACCCCAGCAACCCCCUGGCCCACAACGGAGAUGUAGCCAAGGCAUAUGCCAAUCUACUACGCACCAUGUUCGACGAAGCAGGUCAAUCGUCAUUUGCCCCCAGGCAUCUUAAGAACACCAUCGGCCGCUACGGCCCAGCAUUCUCGGGAUACGGGCAACAAGACUCUCAGGAAUUCCUCCUGUUCCUCCUCGAUGGUCUGCAGGAGGACUUGAACAGAAUCCAGAAAAAACCGUACAUUGAGAAGCCGGAUUCCACAGAUGAGAUGGUGCACAAUAGAAAAGCACUCGAGGAUUUCGCUGAUAGGUGCUGGGAAAUCUACAAAGCCCGGAACGACUCCGUUGUAACAGAUUUGUUCGCUGGUAUGUACAAGUCGACUCUCAUCUGUCCGGCCUGCGAUAAAGUCAGCAUCAUCUUCGAUCCAUUCAACAACCUCACUCUCCAGCUGCCGAUUGAGAACCUCUGGACCAAGUCGAUCUUCUACUUCCCCCUCAACAAGAAACCGAUCAUUAUUGAUGUAGAGUUCGAUAAGAACUCCAGCGUCAAGGCCCUGAAGGAGCUGAUCGCUAAGAAAGCCGGGUCGGAUCCCGAGCGACUUGUCAUGUCGGAAAUUUACAAGUACAAGUUUUACAAGAUGUUCGAUAACACAACUUCUAUCGCCGAGUGCCAAAUUAGCGACGGUGACGAGAUCGCCAUGCUUGAGCUCGAAUCCACGCCAACCAACUACAACCCCGACAAGCGUACUAAGAGCAGCUACUAUUCUUACGGCCGUUCAAACUACGACGAGGUUCCAGACUUUGAAUCGCCCAAGGCAGAUCGCAUGAUUGUCUCCGUCUUCCACCGGCACGAGCGUCAAACAGGUUACCGACCGCAGCGCCAAUUUUUCGGCGUGCCUUCAUACAUCAUAGUCAAACGAGAGGAGGCCAAAGAUUACGACGCCAUUCUGCGCAAGGUUCUUGCCCAGGUUUCAACCAUGACAACCAGGGACUUCCUCAACGAAGAAGUCGCCGAUGAGCAACAAGAAACGGCGGAGGAUUCAGAUACCGUUAUCAUGAAUGAUGAUGAUGCGGAAUCGGCGGACUCCAAGAUCAAGACAACAUCUGUCGAUGGCGAAGAAGGCAUGGUGGACGUUUCCAUGCGCGAUGCAUCCGACCAGACAGACGCUGCUCCUUCGGAAACGUCCACACCGGCCGCCUCUCACACCGAAAGUUCCUGCAUCCCCGAGAGGUUCCACACCCUCUUCGAUAUCAAGAUUGCCCGGACAAACGAAGCCGUUCCCCUCGGGUUUACCUCCGUUGACGACCACAAGAACUAUGACAAAAUGACAUCGCGGAUCGUACCUAAGCAGGCUAUCUCGAAGGAGACAGAUGGUAAGACAAACACCGACGAAGAUCCAACCGAUGAAGGCGCCGCCGAAGAUUCAGACAGCGAAGAGGUUGACAGUCUCGGCAACACCCGCCCAAGGACGCCGAAACCCAAGGCCCAGGGUCCUCUUAUCCGCCCUGGCGAGGCCAUCGUUCUCGACUGGAACGAAGACGCUUACGAUGCUCUGUUCGCCGGCGACCACAGGGAUGCCGAUGGUGUUCGUGGCGCUGCCACGUGGACACAGAUCGAGCGCAUGCCAGACCCAGAACUGCAGAACCGACGCAUGCUGCGUAACAAGCGUAAGAAGAGGGGCGUCACACUCUACGAGUGCUUGGACGAGUUCAACAAGGAAGAAAUUCUGUCAGAGAAUGAUGCUUGGUAUUGCCCGCGCUGUAAAGAGCAUCGCCGAGCUAGUAAGAAGUUCGAGCUCUGGAAGACACCUGACAUUCUUGUUAUGCACCUGAAGCGCUUUAGUGCCAGCCGUGGGUUCCGCGAUAAGCUUGAUAUCAUGGUCGAUUUCCCUGUUGAGAGCUUGGAUUUGACCGAUCGUGUCGAAGCUCCUGAGGAGGGUAAGAGCUUGAUAUAUGAUCUUUUUGCAGUGGAUAAUCACUACGGUGGUCUCGGAGGAGGCCAUUACACGGCGUACGCGAAGAACUUCAUGACAGGCUUGUGGAACGAGUAUAACGAUUCCUCGGUUUCACGACCGAUUGACCCCCAGAAUGCUGUGACAUCUUCGGCAUAUCUGUUGUUCUACCGUCGCCGCUCGGAACGCCCGCUCGGCGGCAAGAUCCUACAAGAAAUCACGGAAUCGUCCACUCGACCUGCUAGUAGUGAAUCGGAUUCGCAAGGAGAAUCGCGCCCACCGUCUCCGUCGGGGGAAGGCCGGCGUCUCGGCGGCUCCUCCCGCAAUGGGUCGUCGAGCGCCUUAGCCGGAGUCGGAGCAGCUCACCAGCCGGGAGAUGGUGGUUUGCGAAUCGGAACACAGAAGAGCAGGGAUGAGGACAAUCCCCCGGAAUACUCGAACAGCCCGUCAUACGGUGAGCGAAGCAUGGGCGGAACAGGUAUGAACUUUGAUGAUGAAGACGAACUCGGCAGUGAAGCCCUGGGCGACCCGUUUCGCGUCUCAAAUCUGCCCUCCUGGUCGUUCAAUCGAGUCACGGAUGCUCAUCAUGAUCCUUCACAGAUGACAGAGCUUCCGGGAUCACCCUCUGACAACGAACUCCUCGAUGACAACGACGACGAUGGCGACAGCACCAAGGCUGUAGGUGGGGGCGACAUUAGCGAUUCCGAUACCCGUAUGGCAUCUCUCGCGGAUAGUCCUCCAUUCCAAGGACCAGUGCACCCAGGAACGCCUCUGGAAGAGCCGACCCUCACGGAAUUCCCCCAGCCGGAUGUGGACGACGACGACGACGAGCUGCCCGUGGUCGAAUUGCACGUAGGUGAGGAGGACCGGCUUUGA